AUGUCCUGGCUUCAACAUCCAGUGUUCUUUGCCUGUAGAGCUUUGUUACUUAUACUUCUGGCUCAAUCCGCCCUCGGAUCAAUUGAUUCAGUCUUCAACAUUAAACAAGGCGGCGUUGGGGUCGGCGGGUGCAGUGCUCACAAGGGCAAACUUAAUAAAUGGUGGACAAAUGCCAGAAAGCUCGUCGACGCUGCCCUUUUGUACACACAAGAUGAUAGUGUUGAUGGAGUUGAAUAUGUAUACACCUUCUUUGCGCUUGAUCCCCCUCCCGCGGACGCCGAGUACAGAGCCACAGCUCGCAAAAUGGACUGGGAUGACGUGGCAUAUGACAAAGAAACUGGCGAGAAGUUUCCAAAUGAGGAUGCUAAGAAGGUGCGAACCGUGGUUGAUGAACCAAGUCCAGGUCCGGAUGAAGCAGACCAGCCAGAAGAAUUACCAUUUUGGUCCUCGGGCCUUAGAGAGUACUUUGUAGACGAGGCCGGUGACUAUUGCUCGAAGAAGUUCGAAGGCAGUCCUCAGAACUUUGCGGCUACUCAUGAGGGACAGACGUGGGCAACAGUCACCAUCUGUGUUCAAAACAUGAAGGUGCUAUAUCCAAAUGAAUAUCUGCGUCUUAGCAAGAUCCAGAAGGCGGGUAAAAGUAUCGUGGAUUAUAGAGCCCAGUCUCUGACAUUAUUCCACGAACUCUUCCACGUCGUCCUAGGAAAUGCGAAUACUGAGGAACACGACAAAAGCUGUAAGUCUGACAAUGAGCAGAUAAAGAAUCCUAAUCAAGACAUUAUCAGCACAGAGGAGGCAUUGUCGAAUCCUGAAUCCUAUACACAAUAUGCUCUUUGUUGCGUUUUGGGGCGGAGGAAUGAGCAUCUUACCUUCGCAAGUACAAGGUCCGAGCUGAAAAAGAAGGAAGGCCCCAAGGAGGAACACAAUGGAAGGUCAGAAGCGCCUGGCCAUCGAAAGAGGCUGAUGGCGGCUUGA